AGUUGCCCAUCCCUAGGUUAAAACGUAUUACGAAUAAAUUACACAAAAAUCAGACUGAGGUCAGUAAAAGGGCGUUAAAUCCCGAUGGGUUGCAGCCCCAAUCUCAUCUACUGUAAUUAGAUGAUCCAAUUUUCAUCAACCAUCAUCGACGUUAUGUGGCCAUUUUAUUUUACAAAAAGCAAUUCCAUUCAACAGGGUGCCUGAAAUGCAGAAAUCUAAAAACUUCAAAAAUGACUAACGACGUUGACGAAAUGUAAUCAAUAUAUCGAAUGAAUUGCUUUUGAAAUAAGGCGAUGCGGACAUGGUAUUUCUGAAAGACUUCAUAUCGAAUCAGUCCCAGUAAACAGACAUAAGCUAAUUUUUUUCAUGAUGUUUUUGAUUGACGAGCAUAGAGAACUAUUAAUUUAAGAGUAACUUCAUUGUUAAUUUGUGUCUAACUGUCUGGCAUAAUGCCAUCCACAAAAUGAAUGAAACCCUUUUGUGGUUAAAAAUAACUUGCAUUCAUAAUUAAUUCAGACAAUAUGUAUAAUUCGCCAACUCCUUCGCAGGGAAAGAGACGUAUGCUUCAAAAUGGCUAAUCAAUAUGCAUUAUGACUUGAGAAUGAGACCAAAUCAAUCAUUUCAACUCUGAUUUAGUUAUUGCCACGCACAGACUGACAGCGUGCCCCCCUUAUUAACAACGAACGUUUUACACAGCUUGCACAAUGCACGGCAAAGCGCUUGCAUGUCAUGGUCACAUGGACGCCUCACAAUGUUGCAUGACCCUUUGUGUCUGUUUCGCGUGUCGGAACGGCCGAUUGACUUUUGUGGUGACUUUGGGUUCUUUUUCUGGGUGUGGGGGGGUGUCUGUCCUUUUCUUUGUGCCCUCCUGGGUGGGAAACGCUUCCUGGCUGACUCUCCACUCUGUCUGCACUCCUUUCGGUGACACCCCUCCCCCCCUUUCGUCCUCCGCGUCCUGUGUAUCUCUCUCGGCAUCAGGUCCCGUCACUCGCUCCCAGCCCGUGGCAGCGGAGCAACUCGCGGCUCACAGGGCUGCGCAGGGGCGUGAGCUGCACGUGGUGAUGAACACCAACGACCCCGACUACGAGCACAUCUACUCCGUCGAGAACUACGACGACCCCUUAGAUGAGCUGCUGUAUUUCCCUCCUGCUGUCAAUCUCACUGAUGAUGAGUCUGACCAACUGAAAACGGUCAAAGUUGAAGCCAAAAAGGCACCCAAUGUCGUGAAAGUUGGUGGAGAAAGACGCGGCAAAGUUCCACCUCUCAAACCGGCCAAGCCCAGAACAAUCAGGUCCACCAAAAGAGCCCACGGCAAAGCUCCGGCAGAAGCAUGCCUCGUGCCGAUGGAGGAGGGCACCUGCGCACGCUUCACUUUGCGCUGGUACUUUAACAGCCAUGUCCAGGCAUGCAGGCCCUUCAUCUACAGCGGCUGCGGAGGAAACGACAACCGAUUCGUCCACUUGGAGGAGUGUGAGGAGGUGUGCCUUGGCAAGGCUCAAGGGUCUCCCUUGCUGCAAACAACCCGGUGAUGUUGACCGAGUCCUUCUCUACACAGGAACAUCAGCCUCUCCAUCGAUUUUAAAUCAUUCUCUUUGUCACAUAACAACGAUAAAUAUUUGUUUUUCUUUAUUUAUUAUUAUUUUUUCCACCCCCGACACCAAAACAGUUUUUCUUUGUCCUUCUGAACACAUGCACAAAACCCCAAAAAAUUGGCAAAAGCGUUUAUGAAGACAAUAUUCAUUACAGAAGAUAAGCUUAGCUUUUUUUUUUUUUUUGGUGUGUAUAACUUUGCAAUAACUGUUUCGCAAGUACUGUACGGCAGUAAUUCGCAACCACAGUGCUGCACCACAUUGGACAUUGAUUUGACUGGAUUGGUGCUAUAAUUAUUUGAGUUUGACCAAUAAAAUGUAUCUUUUGCUCAUUGGUCCUGAGCGGUGACAUAUAGUGACAGGCAGAAUGCUCUUCCCCGAGAUGGAAGAAAGUGUAUCCAGCUGUUGCCAUUCAUAUAACAGAAGAACAGCUUUGUGGCCCAGAUUUGCAACCGAGUAAGAACAGUUGUCAAUAAAUGGAGAUGAUUUUCA